UGCAUUCUUUGGUUUGGUUUUGCUUGUUGGGUUAGGCUUGGAAGUUUUGGGGUUUUGGGGGAUGUGGAAGUGUUUCUCACAUUCAAUGAAGAUGGUGUGCUUGAACUUCAUCGAGUCAAGAAGUUCCAUGGAAGAAGAACUAGGGUUCAACCAAAGCAAGAGGACAAAACGGAAGAGAAGAAAGACACCAUGGUUAAGGGUGUAACGUAUGUGGAUUGUGGAAGCACUUCAGAUAACUUCUGAAGCACCAAAGUAGCUAAAUUUCUUCUAUCUUUUAAAACAAAUAUCCUUUAUGGAAUGAGCUCUUAUGGUUCAAGAGCAUUUCUCCUGCUACUUAUCUGUUUGAAACUUCCCCUACAUGAAAAUGUCCUUCAAACCUUUAUACAUAAUUCUGAGGUUUUCCUAAAUGCUUUUAUACAAUAAUUUCAGAAAUCUUACUUUGGUUCUAGUGCUGUUUGUAUAGUCAGUUGCUGAAUCAUCCCUUUGAUCUUGUGUCAGUAUUGUCUUCUUGAUUCUUUCCUUGUAGCUGAAAUUUUCAGCAUUAGUACUCAUGGAAGAAUUUCAAAGGACUUUGUCCCCUUGCUCCUCUUUGUCCUCUUAUGUGUCUUCAUGUAACCCAGAUCCAUUGUCAAUUGAUGUGGAACUCUGGCUGAUGGCCGAGCAAAGAGCCCAUGAGGUAUUAUGUACCGUUCAACCAAAUGUAGUUUCUGAGCUAAGGAGAAAGGAGGUUAUGAAUUAUAUUCAGGGGCUAAUUAACGGAUACUUUGGAAAUGAGGUAUUUCCAUUUGGUUCAGCUCCACUGAAAACCUAUCUUCCUGAUGGGGAUAUUGAUUUGACUAUCAUCUGUCAGCAAAACAUGGAGGAGGAUUUAGCCAGAAGUUUAUGCAGUAUCCUCAAAGGUGAAGAGGGUUCUGAAUUCCAGGUUAAAGAUGUUCAAUACAUCCAUGCACAGGUUAAGAUCGUGAAGUGCACUGUGAAGAAUAUCUCAGUAGACAUCUCUUUCAAUCAAUUGGCUGGGCUCCACACCCUGUGCUUUUUGGAGCAGGUCGACCAACUUGUUGGGAAAGACCAUCUCUUUAAAAGAAGUAUUCUCUUGAUUAAAGCUUGGUGCUAUUAUGAAAGUCGAAUUCUUGGUGCACACCAUGGCUUGAUUUCAACAUAUGCACUCGAAACAAUGGUCUUGUAUAUCGUCAAUUUCUUUUAUGGAUCAAUAUGUGGUCCUCUGGAGGUACUCUACAGAUUCUUGGAAUACUACAGCACAUUUGAUUGGCAUAAUUAUUGUGUCAGUAUAAACGGUCCAGUUUCCUUAUCUACCAUUACUGAAAUAGAGUUUGAGACACCAGAAGAUAAUAUGGAUGGAUUACUUCUUAGCAAGGAGUUUCUUAAAAACUGCAGAGACAUAUAUUCAGUUCCAAUAAGGGCGCAGGAGGCUCGAGGGCAAGAAUUCUCUAUUAAGCGGCUCAACAUAUUGGAUCCUCUAAAAUACAACAACAACCUAGGACGCUGUGUUAGUAAAGGCAAUUUCCACCGCAUAAUUUGUGCUCUUUCCUAUGGAGCUCAAAAGCUUGGUGAGAUACUUAUGCUGCCAGGAGAAAGCAUAGGUGGAGCACUUGAGAAGUUUUUCAUGACCACCUUGGAGAGGAAUGGAAGUGGACAAAGACCAGAUGUGCCAGUUCCUGUUCCAGCAUUUGGUACUGGAAGAACUGAAAUUUCUGACCUCGGUGGAGACUAUGACAGUUACUAUGGUGGUUUAUGGUAUGGGCAGUGGUACUAUUAUUAUACCUUACCUGUCUAUAUACCUCCCAGUCCAAUCCCUUCACAAAUGUGGAACGAGAAUGCAAUGGAUACACUGGCUCGGUCAGUUUGGGGUCAUCAGAAUGUAAUUUAUCAUAGGGGGACAGAUGUAUUUGUCCCGACUCUGCCAUUAUAUUAUCCUAAUGCUUCCCAAAUAUCUGCGGCGGCUGCUUAUAGUAUUGAAAGGACAGGGAGAUCACGAGGAACAGGGACAUACAUACCAGACAUGACUCGUCAUUUUUACAGAGAUAUGCAUAAUGAGAUGACAUCAGCUGCAGACUCAUCAUUUCCAGAAUCCAUGCAACAUGCUUUGUUGCUAGAAUCAGCGGAAGAAUCACCUGAAGAAUCCCCUGAAGAGAGGGACAAGGUUGAGGAGGUUCCCUCAGAAAGGGAUGAGUGUCAAAGUAGUAUUCCCCUUGAUCUUUCAAUCAAAGAAUUCCCACUUCUUAAUGGCAACGAAAAAUCCUCAAGUGAAUGUCAAAGUAGCAUGCCUCCUGAUCUUUCAAUCAAAGAAUUUCCACAUCUUAAAGGCAAUGGAAAAUCCACCAUGACAAUGACAGAAAUUGGUGAGUCCAGUGAGUUGGCUGCAAAGACUCAGCAGGCUCAAGUUUUGUCUCCCACCCUUAUGAAUAUGGAAUUUGGAACUUUCAAAGAUACACUAGUACAAGCAGGAUCAACUUCCCCAGGAAUAAAUAAUCAGGCAGUUGCUUCUGUUUCACAUCCUCUGGACCCUCGGCAAUGUGUCACUGUAAUUGGAAGGCAGGAGCAGAAAGAAUUAUCAGAGGGCAAAGGAAAAAUUUGUUGUUUUUGUCUGUAGGAUUGAACCCUAUCAGCUGAAAGAUUGUGGGGAUUUCCCCCCUUUGAAGAUUCAGAGUUGGAUCGUAAAAAUGGAACAAGAAACAGGACCAAAGCAACAGUGAGAGAAUAAUUUUGAAGCUGAUGUACUGUCCACAGUAUAUUAACUGGUGCAUAAACGGUUUUAUCUAUUUUGUUCUAACUUUGUGAAGUACUUUUGCAAAGGAUGUUAUAUGGUUCGGACAAUGUUUGUUUUGUUUUCCUCCUUUUGGGAAAUGGACCUUCAGUGUUUUAAUUAAACAAAAAAAUAGAAAGAUUUUAUGCAUGCUCA